AUGUACUGUGACACGACUCAGACACCCCUCACUCCUCCUCCAUCAUAUCGAUCUUCCCCCACACCAUCCAUCGGAUCGACCACUUCAAGAUCAUCAAGAUCGUCGUUCUCCUAUCAACGAUAUUCGCCUUAUCCUAGGAUGAAGAUGGAACAGGAGGAUGGUGGUGAGAUGGAAGUGUUGAGGGACAUUAGGGAUGUGAGAUUGGAGGAGUAUAGAAGAAACUCACAAAAAGCUAGAUCGACGAGUCCUUAUGAUGGGCUACCCACAGCCCGACCAAAACUAUCCACCAUUGCUUCUGCUUCUGAGAAGAGGAACCAUCGAAACACAACCCAUCGAAGAGCUUAUUCGAUGUCGACCAUCUCAUACGGCUAUUUCCUGUUCCCAUCCCAAAAGCAAAGACCCUCUCAAUCUCCACCUAUCCUACCCUCUACCCCGAGGCCGAUUCCAGCUCCAUUUUCUUAUCGUCGAUACCUUCCAAGAAGAGCCCAAACUUCAUCACCCCUCCCCAUCUCUUCAGUCACCAAAUCAAGUACCAGACCUUCCAUCCCUUCACCUCCUUCGAGGGGAUCAACUCCAACCCCAAAUCCCAGCAAGUCUAACCCAGCUACUCGUAAGCUCAUCCUGGUCAAUCCGAUUGUAGCGAAUCACCUAAAACACGGUGGGAUGGUAAAUCUCCGGUCGGUGGACGGUCAAAAAUCUUUCAAAGUGUAUUUACCCCCUAGAAUGGGUGGGGUAGAGAUGGUCAGAGGUUUAGCCACUUCGAGUGCUUGUUAG